CCAAGUACCACUGUUUAACUAAAGGCACUUAGCACCACUAGAACUCCCUUUUAUGACCCCUUGAUACUCUAAACCUACUUGUGCGGACGCGAAUAAUUUGCCUCGUGAUAUACCCUGCCUCGAAGGGUUACUCGCCCACAACCAUGGCUAGCCUUCGACGGUCAGCCGAUUCCCUAUCUAUCUGCACCAGAUUGCACAAGACAACACCCACUACCCAGUCCUGCACGCGCAAAUUCUCGUUCCUCCGGAGGAAACCUCUUACGAUUCCUCAUUCACAGAGCCCUUUAUUGCGCACUGAACCUGUCGAAGAGGAAGAAUUCCCCGGGUACAGGUCCGAAGAUUACUAUCCCGCCAAGCCGGGCGAGAUACUUGCCGACCGCUACCAACUCGUUACCAAGCUCGGCCGGGGGAUGGCCUCGACCGUAUGGUUAGCGCGAGAUAUGAGGGGAUACCGGUGGCAACAAGAGACAGUUGUCGCGCUCAAGAUCGGCAACACUAAUUGCGACGCAGAGGAACACGAAGGCACUCUCGAAAGACACAUCCCGCAAAGCGACGCGACACAGGAAGGCCGAGUAUUUCUUCGCACGGCACUCGAGUCUUUUGUCAUUGAGAGCGAAGCGGGUAGGCAUCUGUGCUUGGUAUACGAGGCUAUGCGGGAAUCGAUGCGUGACUUUCGAUGGCGCUUUGUCGAUGCUCGGAUACCUCUCCCGUUGAUGAAGCUAUACAUCAGAAUGUUACUUGUUGGGCUGGAUUACCUUCAUUGUGUUUGUCGGAUGGUACAUACAGAUCUCAAACUCGACAACAUCAUGAUGACCUUCGAGGACCCAUCGGUCUUGGAUGAGUUUACCGCAUUGCAACUCAAGAUUCCCAUGGACUACAAGAUUGACAGCGCUGGUCGAUAUGUUUACCUCUGCCAUAAUGAAUUUGGGCCGCUGAGAAAAGUCAGGAAUAUCCCUAAGAUUGUGGAUUUCGGAUCGGCAAUCAAGCUCAAUCCUGAUGCCAAAUGCAUUUGGCCGAUUCAACCGCAUCACUACCGGGCGCCCGAGGUAAUUCUUGGCUGUGGCUGGAACACGGGCGCAGAUGUCUGGAAUAUGGGGAUACUACUUUGGAACCUCCUCCAAGGUAGUAACCUGUACACACAGGUUUACGAUGCUCAAGGAUACUAUAAUGCUAGAUCACACCUAGCGGAGAUGAUCGCCUUGUUCGGACCCCCUCCUCCAGAAAUGCUUGCAAGGGCCCGGGAAAUGUCGAAUCAAAGGUGGUCUCCAAAGAUAAGAAUGACAGGUUGUAAUGGGAAACUAUGUGACACGGUCGAAGACUUGUUUGAUGGUCCCUUCUUUGAUGAAGAAGGCAAGUUCCUGUAUCCGGACCUAAUUCCCGAGCGCAAGCUCGCGGAUACGCUUUCUCUACUCGAAGGUAAAGACAAAGAGGACUUUUUGGAUUUGACCAGGAAGAUGCUUGUGUGGGAUCCAACGGAGAGAUCAACGGCUGCUGAGCUGGCUGAGCACCCCGCCCUUCAAGAUGAUUGA